AUGAGCGUGGGAGUGCCCGUGACCAAGUCCUUCAACAAGCUGAAGAAGUACCCGUACGAGAUAAACAAGUUUGAUAGGCGAGAGACGAACGAAUAUUUUUACCUUCCCGUCGAUUGUCCCCGUAUGAAAAAAUGUGAUGAUGCAUACUGCCCGUUAGCUCACACUAAGCUGGAAAAGAUUUUCCACCCCAUAGUAUACAAAACGCAGGCAUGUCAGAUGGCGAAAGAUGGGGCUUGUGAUUACUUUCAGAAGUGUGCCUUUUACCAUGACUCGAAUGACAAGAAUGAGGCUCACUUGAAUUGGACCAUUUGGGAGAAGAAGUGGGACAAGUGGAGGAAUAACAUCGAUAGCAUUUUGACGCAGCAUAAUAAGAAUGAUAAGGAAAUCAGGAGGAAGGUGGAGAGCAUUUUGAAGAUCCGCAUGCCGCACUUCAAUUACAAUUCAAAUAAGAGUGGCCUCUUUUUGAACAAGAAUGUGUCGUUUCACUCGACGUGGUCGAGCAGUGGCGGCAAGAUGGGGGGCGGUAUUGGCAGUCUGAGCGGUGGUAUUGGCAGUCUGAGCGGCGGAAUUGGCAGCAGCGUGGGGGGCGGGCUGAACAACCUGCUGUGCGGCUCCAUCAACGCGUCCAUCACGCACUGCCCCACGACCAUUUUCAGCAACCCGUGGAGUGCCAAACCGUUGAGCGGAGGAAAGAAAUGCGUGAAAAGCGGCAAUGAAAAUAAGAGUGGCAACAACGGUGGAAACAACAGUGGCCACAACAGUGGCGGUGGCUCCAUCUGGGCAAAUGAGCUGAGCGAUUUGGGAACCCUAAGUUACGACAAAACGGCAAACAUGAACACAUCAUUUAUGAAUAAAAAUAAUGUGUAUUAUGAUGAAACUCUGAGUUAUAAUAGCAAUACGACGGAGUGUGGACUCAAUUUUGAUAUGCUAGACAAUAAUGCCUAUAAGGUUGUUGAGUUUUGCUUCACCGAUUAUGAAAAUAAUAGGACGAAGGGUGGUUGGAGGGAUGGCUCCGAUGUGGUGAGUGUGCAGGCGACGAAUUCUUUCUUCUCGCACGGCGCGAAGGCGCAGGAGGGGGACCCCAAGGGGUCGUCCAACGUUGGCGCGGCGGGUGUAGUGAGCGGUGCUGCCAAUGGUGCUGCUAGCAGUGCUCCCAGUGGUACUCCCAGUGGCGGUAUCGCUGGAGAGGGCAGCUACGCCGUCCAGGAUGGUACCCCCUUCCAGGAGCUGACCUACAACAAGGCGUGCGAAUAUUUUCCAGGCGUGGCAGAAAUGGCAAGCGGAGAAGACGCAGCAAAUCAGCCAGACGGAAUGAACGCAAAUCUGUGCAAAAAGGAUCACUCACAUGUGGACAGUUUUAAGGAGGACAUGAUAACAAACAUGAGCAGCAGCCCAGAAGGUAACUUCGAUUUGAUAGGCUCGAAAUAUUUUUCCAACAAUUCAAAUAAUACUUCCAUUUUUGAGAAUUAUGCAAAUCUGUCCACCAUAUUUGAUGCGAGUGAAAAUAAUAAUAAGACGAGCAGCUUCGCCAACAUCUCCAACUGCAAUACGUUUGAUCAUCUCAGUUUUGAUGACACGGGGAGAAGUGGGGCGAACAACUGCUUCCUUGCGAAUGAGCAUGUGCAGGGGGGAGAGGGCCCCAAGGGUGGCGUAGGGCAUGCAGGAGGGCAUCUUGCAGAGGUGGCGCUUGCCGAGGUGGAACACUCAGGCGUCGAACUGGCAGAUGUGAAGCUGGCAGAUGUGCAACUCGCAGAUGUGGGAAGCGUAAUUCGAUUCGUUGACGCCGGGGCGAGUGAAGCGCUCAGUGGCGUUGGCACCCCAGCUGUGGCAGUUGCCAAGGAGGCGAGUGAACCCAACGGGGUGAACAGCGAAAGGGAAUUAAAGCCAGAAGACGGGAACAAAAAUGGCAGUGUUACCUUGACAGGAAACACCACAAAGGGGCAAAACAAAAUGUCAAAGAAGAAUAAAAAUAAAAAAGGGGGCGGAGCAAAUUUAGCAAACAAUAACGGAAGUGGAAGCGGCAACGGCAGUAAUGCACAGAGUGGAGGAAGCAAUACCAGGGUAAGCACCUUUAGCGAAGUCCUUUGCACGGGGGGUAUUGAAGUGAAGAGUGAACCGAACGAGAAAAGGAAAAACGCCAAAAAGGAGACUCCGAUCGGCAAAAAUUGCAACAAUGAAAAGGACCAAGACGAUAAGAAAAAUGGAGGUAGCAAAUUUUUGAAUUCGCAGGAGAGGAACGAUGAAGAUUUUGGCAGCGUUGAACAGGCAUGUGUAGAGAAAGAGAAGGGGAAAAAUGCCAAGGGGAAGAAUGGCGAAGGUCAGGGCGCAAAGAAAAGCAGCAACGUAUCCAGUACGAACAAAAGUGGAAGUAAAAACGCGAAAAAGGGCACAGCGGAAAGUGGCAGUAAUGGAGGCACGCCCAGGAAUAGGAAGCAGGUCGAAAACGACCACCGGGAGGGGGAGCAAAACGGCGGCAAGGAAGUCGAAGUUGGCCUCAAAGAAGUCGAAGUGGGCAGCCACGGGAGCGACCACCCCUUCAGAGACAAAGCUAGCAAAAACGGUAACGCGAGCGAGAAGAGUAGGAGCAGUGCUGUAAGCGGAAGAGACCUUCUCCUCAAAGGGAGCAGCAGCUGUGGUGGGGUGAAUCCCAUGAGUGAGGCGAAAGCUCCCAGUGAGGAAGUAAGUACCGUUGUGUGCAGCAGUUCCAGUGCGAACUUUGACUGGGGGAAUGGCAACCAAGAUAGGGAGAAUAAGAUGCAGAGUAAUGAGGGCACGACAUUUAACAGUGUAGCAAGUGUGCAGAACAGGGGGAAGCUGAUGGAAAUUCAUAAUGGGAGUAACUCGAAUCAUGGCCUUACGAGAAAAUCCACCACGGAGUCCACCCUCAACAAUGAUAACCUCGUGGAGGAUAAGAGGCAGGUGGAGGAGAGCUGCUGCCAAACGAUCAGCUACUCCAACUGCACAGAAAACGGUGUGCCGUUGAAGGAGCAGAACGAAUAUGCCAUUUCGAACAAGCAACUUGUGCAACAUAAGGAGGGUAUGUUUUAUAAUUACGCGAGGGGUAGCCUGGAUAGCAAGCUGGCCGGGUUGGAAGCUGCUGGGGGGAGAGACGGCGUAGGCGCGGGAGGCCAAAUGGGCGAAGUGGGGGGCAUCCUCUUUGGAAGGAAGGGAAACCAAUCUGCGUUCGCUUUGAAGGAGGGGGAGGACCACUCGGGCAUGUCCAUGCAGGGGGGGAGCGGCGGAAUGGGUGAUGAGUUGGGCAGCAUUUUUAACCUCAGCCUGAACAUGGGGAACCCGUUCAGCGAGGGGAGGGGAACUCCCUUCAGUGAGGGGAGGGGAACUCCCUUCAGUGAGGGGAGGGGAACUCCCUUCAGUGAGGGAAGAAGCUCUCCCUUUAGCGAAGGAAGAAGCUCUCCCUUUAGCGAAGGAAGAAGCUCUCCCUUUAGCGAAGGAAGAAGCUCUCCCUUUAGCGAAGGAAGAAGCUCUCCCUUUAGCGAGGGCAGGGGAAACCCAUUUAGCGAAGGGAGAGGAAACCCCUUUAGCGAAAACAACCCGUCGAACGACACGUACAGCCACUUUUUUAUAAAAGAGGAAUCCUUCCACCCGCUGCAAAAUAGCCAGUUUGAGGAGGCCUCGAAAUCGAAGGCGUUUAACUCAAAUGAGAAAGAAGCGAACGAGUCUAUGGAUUACACAAACAACCUGCUAAAUAUAUUCCUCUCCUGUAAUAGCAUUAACGAAAACUUCGAAUGCUCAAAUGAAGGGGACAAUAGGUUCGCCGAUUUUAAAGACGGCACGAACUUUUUCAGUCACAAGGAAAAAGGGGUGACAAAUGGAAGCGAAUUUUUUAAUUCUUCCUCCAACAGUUUUAACCCAUUUGGGAAUUACAAUUUUUUGGGCCCUUCAUGUUUACAGUGUAAGCAGUACAAAAAUGAAAUAAAAAAUUUAAUGGUUCAAAUAAAAAUUUUAAGAGAGGAGCUGUUCAAGUGCAAGCAGAUGAUAAUGGCCUCUGGGCUGAAUGGAGGUAACGAUGGUAAAGUGAAUCCGUGUAAUUACAAUUGGACCAACACGAAGAGUUUUUUGGACGUUUAUGAGAAGAAGAACUUCGUGUCUUCCAUCGAGGCGAAUGAUUGA